AUGGAUCCAGAUCAAGUCCCAAAUCUUUAUAAACAACAACGUGGACCUCCUAAGAUCAAAAAUAAAAAUCCAGCUCCAAUUCAAAUUACUGCUGAACAAAUUCUUCGAGAAGCUAAAGAACGUCAAGAAUCUGCAAAAAAAGCUCCUCGGCAAAAAAUCUCAGAUUUAGAAGAGCUAUCCGAGUAUCGUUUACGUAAAAGAAAAGAAUUUGAAGAUGCUAUAAGAAGAAACAGAUUAAAUGUUGGUAGCUGGUUAAAAUAUGCAGCAUGGGAAGAAAGUCAAAAAGAAUUAAAUAGAGCAAGAUCUGUAUAUGAAAGAGCAUUAGAUGUUGAAUCAAGAAAUGUCACUUUAUACAUUAAAUAUACUGAAAUGGAAAUGAAAAAUCGUAAUAUCAACCAUGCCAGAAAUUUAUUUGAUCGUGCUAUGUUGGGUAAUGUUGCAGGCGCAAGACAGAUUUUUGAACGUUGGAUGCAAUGGGAACCAGAUGAAUCAGCAUGGAAUUCUUAUAUAAAAAUGGAAAAAAGGUAUGGCGAAAUUGAUAGAGCUAGAGCAAUAUAUGAAAGAUUUGUGAGUGUACAUCCUGAACCUAAAAAUUGGUUAAAAUGGGUUAAAUUUGAGGAAGGUCAAAAUAAUUUAGAAAGGUGUAGAGAAAUUUUCAGUCAUGCUAUUGAAAUUUUGGGAGAAGAUCAAAUGGAUCAAAAGAUUUUUAUUGCAUUUGCAAAAUUUGAAACAAGGUCUAAAUCUGAAUCACUUUAUAAUGCAUACACACAAUUUGAAAAACAAUAUGGCGAUAAAGAAAGCAUUGAAGAUGUUGUAGUAGGAAAAAGAAGAGUCCAAUACGAUGAUGAAUUAGCAAAAAAUCCUAAAAAUUAUGAUGUAUGGUUUGAUUAUGCAAAAUUAGAAGAAAAUUCUGGCAAUGAGGAAAGAGUACGUGAAAUUUAUGAACGUGCAAUAGUUGAAGUACCACCAACUGAUGAAAAAAGGUUUUGGCGUCGUUAUAUAUAUUUAUGGAUAAAUUAUGCAUUAUAUGAAGAACUUGUAACUAAAGAUUAUGAUAGAACACGACAAAUUUAUCAGGCAUGUCUAAAAUUAAUACCUCAUAAACGAUUUACAUUUGCAAAAAUAUGGUUGCUUUAUGCGCAAUUUGAAAUACGACGUUUAGAAUUAAAGGCUGCAAGAAAAACUUUGGGUACUGCAAUUGGGAUGUGCCCAAAAGAUAGGCUUUUUAAAGGAUAUAUUGAAUUGGAAUUACAGUUACGAGAAUUUGAUCGUUGUCGUACUCUAUAUUAUAAAUAUUUGGAAUAUAACCCAGCAAACUGUUAUGCAUGGAUUAAAUUUGCAGAAUUAGAAAAAAUGUUGGGUGAUUAUGAUCGAUGUCGUGGUAUUUUUGAAUUGGCAGUCGAUCAACCAAUAAUAGAUAUGCCAGAACUUUUAUGGAAGGCAUAUAUUGAUUUUGAAUUUUCAGAACAAGAAUUUGAUAAGACAAGACAAUUGUAUGAACGUUUGUUAGAGAAGACAGGUCACGUUAAAGUGUGGAUUAGUUUUGCACAAUUUGAAUUGUAUGCUGAAGAAGGAGGAAAUAAAGAGGUUUCUGUAGAAAAAGCUCGUAAAGUGUUUGAAAGAGCUUAUAAUAGUAUAAAAGAAAGAGAUUUAAAAGAAGAGCGAGUUCUUUUAUUAGAAUCUUGGAAAGAUUUUGAAAGUAAUCAUGGUACUGAAGAUAGUUUAUCGGUUGUUGAAGGAAAAAUGCCUAAAGUUGUUAAGAAAAGACGCAAAUUGGAUGACGCUGAGGGUCACACUGGUGGUGUUUCAUGGGAAGAAUAUUUUGAUUAUAUAUUUCCUGAUGAUCAAACUCAAAAACCAAACUUUAAAUUAUCAGCUACAGCUCAUGCUUGGCAUGAAGUAAUUAAACAAAUACUUUACGAAACUGAGAAACCAGACUUGUCAUCAUUAACACAAGAAGAUUUGGAAAGACAUGAAAUGAUAGAACGAGCAUGA